UCGGGUACGUUUCGGUAAUACGGAUUUCGCCUUGUUUUUUUCUUUUUCUUUUCUUCGACUUCUACAACUCCUCCUCCUCCUCUUCUUCCGUGGACCAACACGAAUCCCAUAUAGAGUCGACUCCUGUGCAGUCCAGUGUCCGCCGUCGCCGAUCGUUUCACGACCCGUCAUCGCACUUGUACCGCUUUCGGUUUACACGCAUUCCGAACACCUACCAUGUCCCUACUACAACCGCAGACUUAUAUAUUUGAUGUGAACAUGAGCUGCGAUGGUUGCUCAAAAGGUAUAGAACGAGCUUUGGAACCAUUAAAAGGUAACGGCGUUGAAAAUUAUGAAGUGUCAUUCGACAAAAAAUUGGUCCGCGUCACGUGCUCAUCGCCAAUGUCUGCGGAGGAAGUAUUGACUGCUAUACAGAAGACUGGCAAAGUAGCCACUUUAAUAAAUAUCGAACCGCUAUUGACGAAAUAAAUAUUUUUGGACAAGACAUAAAGAAAUGAUCGUACAUUCUGCCCGUUUAGGAUAGUUUGAAAAAAAAAUUGUUUCAAUAUAAUAUAUAAUAAAAAAUGUUCUUGUAUACCAAAAUACCGAAACGAUGUUAAAAUAAUUGCAACUGUUAAUUAGUAUUUUACUAGAUAUAAAUAUUCAUUUUUAAAAAAAAAAUUCGAAAAAUCACCAAACUGAUAUUAUUAUGUACAUAUAACUAACAGG